CUGUCACGUGACGAGCGUCCAGUUUGCGUUGAUAAACACGGAAGUGGGACUGAAAUGUGAAAACAAAUCUUUGCCGCAUUGCCUCACAAAGUGUUAUGACACAGUCGUUACCGAUUCUUUUUAAAACGUGCACAAUCUUAGUUUACGCGAUUUCUGCUGUUAUUUUGAAUUAAUCGUAAUUAUUUAUAGUUCUGCUGUAGAGUAGAUUAGCACAAUGAAGAACUGUAUUGCUGCUGUGAUAACACUAUGCAUUGUAAUGCAGGUGAAUGACGCUUUGGUUUUCGAGAAAACGCGCACGGCAUAUUCUGCAAAGAUCUUUGGGUUCUCAUGGGAGAACUGCGGUAAGCCAGACGACCCAGCGGUUCUGAAGACCCUAACCCUGUCCCCGGACCCCAUCACAGUUCCAGGGGACCUGACGGCCAGUGCGUCCGGGAACACAACGGUCGAGCUGGCCGCUCCCCUCGCUGUGAAUGUGACCCUGGAGAAGGAGGUGGCAGGGUUCUGGGUCACGGUCCCAUGUCUGGAAGAGAUAGGGAGCUGCCAUUACACAGACGGCUGUGACCUGCUCAAUCAGCUGAUACCGGCAGGACAGGACUGUCCUGAACCUCUUCACACCUACGGCAUCCCCUGCCACUGUCCCUUUAAAGCUGGGGUAUACACACUACCAGAGUCAGACUUCUACCUCCCUGACAUUGACCUGCCCUAUUGGCUGACCAACGGACACUACAGAGUACAAGGAGUGCUGGGAGCUAUGGGGAAAGAACUGGGCUGCCUCAAAAUCACCUUCUCUGUCCACUCUAAUAACUAAAGGAUGGAUAAAUGACCUUCUCUGCCCACUCUAACUAAAUGGUGGAUAAAUGACCUUCUCUGCCCACUCUAACUAAAUGGUGGAUAAAUGACCUUCUCUGCCCACUCUAACUAAAUUAUGGAUAAAUGACCUUCUCUGCCCACUCUAACUAAAUGGUGGAUAAAUGACCUUCUCUGCCCACUCUAACUAAAUUAUGGAUAAAUGACCUUCUCUGCCCACUCUAACUAAAUGGUGGAUAAAUGACCUUCUCUGCCCACUCUAACUAAAUUAUGGAUAAAUGACCUUCUCUGCCCACUCUAACUAAAUUAUGGAUAAAUGACCUUCUCUGCCCACUCUAACUAAAUGGUGGAUAAAUGACCUUCUCUGCCCACUCUAACUAAAUUAUGGAUAAAUGACCUUCUCUGCCCACUCUAACUAAAUGGUGGAUAAAUGACCUUCUCUGCCCACUCUAACUAAAUUAUGGAUAAAUGACCUUCUCUGCCCACUCUAACUAAAUGGUGGAUAAAUGACCUUCUCUGCCCACUCUAGUUAAAUGGUGGACACAGGGAACAUUAUGUACCAUUCAAUGAGCUGGUGUACUGACAUGUUGUCUUCUUUAUUCUGAAGGGAACGUUUGCUCUCAUCUCUUCUCAUCUCAUCAAAGUGCCAAUUGAGAACUGGGCCUGUAUACACAAAGCCUCUCAGAGUAGGAGUGCUGCUCUAGGAUCAGUGUUACCUUUACAAUCGUAAUGAAUAAGAGGGGGGACCUGAUCCUAGAUCAGUACUCUAAAACGCUUUGUGGAUACUGGCCCUGUACCAAACAAGCAGUAACUGAGCUGCUACUGUAGUGGUACUGUAGUGGUACUGUAGUUUAAGGAUACGAUUCAGACUCACUUUCAGGUAAAACAGUUAAGUUGAGUGAUUUUGCAUGGCUUGCUACUGUACUGCUAUGAACUUGUCAGAACCAUUAUGAUUAUUUUUCUUAAUGUUUUACACUGUCUUUUUUAUGCAGAAUUAUUUUUAUUAGAUUUCUUCUCAAGGUUGAAUGGCCGUGGGUAUGCUUCUAUUGGUCAUCAGCUUUUACCCUGGGUAAGGUACUGGUCACAUAACUAGUAGUUUUAGGAGUUUUAAUUGUGACAGUCGUUUCUAGCUGAUGCUUACUGUGUCAUAAUUUUUGGUUCUAUGGGCCGUAAUGCUACUUCCUGUUGCUAGUGGUGACACUUCUGAUUUUACGACCCCUGGGAAUAUGUUGUUCUUCCUGUUGCUAGUGGUGACACUUCUGAUUUUACGACCCCUGGGAAUAUGUUGUUCUUCCUGUUGCUAGUGGUGACACUUCUGAUUUUACGACCCCUGGGAAUAUGUUGUUCUUCCUGUUGCUAGUGGUAACACUUCUGAUUUUACUACCCCUGGGAAUAUGUUGUUCUUCCUGUUGCUAGUGGUGACACUUCUGAUUUUACGACCCCUGGGAAUAUGUUGUUCUUCCUGUUGCUAGUGGUGACACUUCUGAUUUUACGACCCCUGGGAAUAUGUUGUGUUUCCUGUUGCGAGUGGUGACACUUCUGAUUUUAGGACCCCUGGGAAUAUGUUGUUCUUCCUGUUGCUAGUGGUGACACUUCUGAUUUUACGACCCCUGGGAAUAUGUUGUUCUUCCUGUUGCUAGUGGUGACACUUCUGAUUUUACGACCCCUGGGAAUAUGUUGUUCUUCCUGUUGCUAGUGGUGACACUUCUGAUUUUACGACCCCUGGGAAUAUGUUGUUCUUCCUGUUGCUAGUGGUGACACUUCUGAUUUUACGACCCCUGGGAAUAUGUUGUGCUUCCUGUUGCUAGAGGUGACACUUCUGAUUUUACGACCCCUGGGAAUAUGUUGUUCUUCCUGUUGAGGGUGUAUUGAUCUGUUUUUUUCUGAAGGUGUUUUGUUGUUGACAUGUUCAAAGUGCCUAAAUAGACCUGCUGGAAAGGAGAUCUGCGAAUCAGGUGGGACUGUGUGAUGUUUCAAAGGGAAAUGGAAUGAAAGCAGCCAAUCAAUUCCCUCCCUCAUAUAAGACCGUACCAAUAGGCUAAUCCUGUUCUAUAACCAAUUAAAGUGUUGUAAGGAAUGUAAGUGCACUUCCUAUCUUAAAUAAUAAAUCUAAUGAAAUGGUUAUCAAGUAAAGAAGUCUUAAGGAAUCAACAUGAAAAAUUGCACCUUGAUUAUUUAGAAAUGACAUGCUUACUACUGUAACAAAUCAGCAUUAUGUUGGUCAAUAUUUCACUGUAAAAACUUUUUUUUUAAAUUGUCAAUAAAAUAAUAUCAUAUA